CGCGCGCCGGGGGGAGGAAGUGACGUCAGGGAGGGGCGGGGCUGGAGGGGCGCGCUUUCGGGACUGUCUGGGCGCCGCGGAAGGCCAUGGAGCUCCCCUCCUCCUGCUUCCAAUCCUGCCUGGAUUUCUGCCCCGAGUGCGGCUCCGUCCUGCCCCGGCCGGGCCCCCAGAGCAGCAUCAGCUGCCCCCGCUGCAGCUUCACCCUCGACACCUCAGACUUUGAGGGGAAAACGAUCCGCAGCACCAUCGAGUUCAACCGGUUGGAGCCCGCGGGGAGGGGGCAGGAUCCUGCUCCCCACUUCCAGGGACCCCUGGUGGAGCGGCGCUGCCCCCGCUGCGGGCACGAAGGCAUGUCCUAUCACACCCGGCAGAUGCGCUCGGCCGAUGAGGGCCAGACCGUGUUCUACACCUGCCCCCAGUGCAGGUUCCAGGAGAAGGAGGAUUCCUGAUGGGGUGUUCCUGUCCCCCCCACCCUGGGGUGUUUGUGCCCCCCCCAUGUGGUCAAUAAAC